AUGAAAUAUAACUUUUAUGCAUUUAUUUAUAGGCCACUAUGUGCUAAUAAACACAGUAAAAACAAGGAAUAUUCAAUUGGCAACAAGGUUGAAAAAGCAUUUGUACCUGAUGUAAAGGUUGAAUAUACAAUAAGAGAUGUAGAGAUACUCGCUCUUGAAUUGAAAAAAGAAGAAAAUUUAAGAGAAUAUACAUAUGACAAAUCAAAAACUAUUGGGAUGUUAUCUGAUAUGCUUAGAGAAAUUUAUUUAAAAUUACCACAUGGAAAUAAAAAUUUUAUUUCAAAAAUCAGAGCUUUUGCAAUAAUUGUAUCUGGAAUGAAAAUAGAAAUAUUUCAGAUGAACAUUCCAGAGAAACAAUUAUAUGUAUUUCAACAAAUAUCAGAGUUUGAGCUCCCUCAAACAUUUCAUAAUUACAAAUUGGUGAAAAUACCGUUACCAGUUUUAAUAGAUGUUGAUGGUGAUGACGAACUACCAACUUAUCAGCAAAUUGUUCCAAAUUACCGUGAUCCAAAUUUUUAUUUAACAAAUAACUUAAGUGCAUCUUCUAAUAAUAAUAGAAAAAAAGGCAAUAUAAAUGGAUAUUGCUGUUGUUGUUGUAAAAGGAAAAUACGAACUAAACUUUGUUUGCUAAUAUUUGGAAUAAUCAUAUUGGUGAUUAUUAUUAUAGCUUCAAUUGGAGCUUCUAAUCAUAGAGCAUGUAAUUCUCUUGAAUUAGGUGAUUCAAAUAAUACUCAACUCUUGAGUUUUAAUCCAAAUGUUCAAAAUAAUUUCAGAAUCUUAUCAAAAUAUGUCAAGUAUGGAUCUAUAAGUGUCUCACAGUCUGAUUCAACCACUGAAACUAAUGCACUUGUCAGAGUACAAUAUAAUUCUUUGGCAAAUGAUAGGAUUUAUAUUGAGCAAGGAAUAUCUAAAAGAUCUUUUUACCUAAAAAUUGAUCAAGCACCCUCGACAGUUUUAUUUGGUGUUAGUAUGCCGCCUAAAUGUAUAGUAGCAAAUAUUGAACUCAUCCUACCAUUGAACGUGGAUCUAACAACCAAUGCCACAACGAUUAAUAUAGGUGAUUUUGAUACAACAUUUGUAGAGAAUCCUAUCAAGUACAACCAAACAAUAAUAAUUCAUAAUGAUGAUGCUACACUGCAAUUUAAUAGUUUGCUUGCUAAAUCAUUGAUGAUUUUUAAUGAUAAUGGUAACAUAGGCGGAACAAUUAAAGGCAUCGAGGAUCAAGUUUAUAUUAAUGCUGAUAAUGCUGAUUUAAAUCUAAAUGUUGGAAUUGCUGAUAAUGUGACCUCUCCUAUAGUUAGGAUCAAAAACGAUCGUGGUCAGAUCGAUGGGUUCACCGGUAGUUAUGAUAUUUCUACAAGAAAUGGUGUAAUCACAACUAAUUCAGCUCAAUCUGCAACUAAACAUUUAGUCGACGUCACAAAUACAUCCAAUAAUAGAUUUACAAAUGGUAGUUUAACAAUUAAAAAUAUUAGUGGCAAGACUACCCAUUCUACGCUUAUAUUGGUGUCAUCUUUGCUUCAUUAA